AUGAAGCCAACAGAAGGACAUGAGCCAGGAAACCACACUCUGCUGACUGACUUUGUCCUCUCUGGAUUGUCCAACCACCCCGAACUGCAGCUCUUGCUGCUCUUCACAUUCUGCUGAAUUUAUACCAUCACCAUCACUGGGAACUUUCAAAUCUUCAUGGUCACAGUGCACCCGAGGCUCCACAUGCCCAUGUACUUCUUCCUCCGCAUCCUGUCCUUCCUGGAUAUUUCCACAGCAUUGGUUGUUGUUCCCAAGAUGCUGGUAAACCUCUUGUCAGAGGACAGGAGCAUCUACAUGGGCUGUGCCACUCAGCUCUACUGUGUGAUUUUCUUAGGAACCACUGAGUGCUACCUUUUGGCAGCCAUGGCCUAUGACCGUUACGUGGCCAUAUGCAACCCCCUUAGAUAUGCAAUCAUCAUGAACAGUAGAGUUUGUUUUACCUUGGUCCGGCUGUCAUGCUGCAGUGGUAAUGUUGUGUCUGUGGUGCAGACAGCUUGAGUGUUCACAUUGCCAUUCUGUGGGCCCAGGAAGAUUAACUACUUCUUCUGUGACAUUCCCCCACUCAUUAUGCUUUCCUGCUCUGACACCUCUUCGUAUAAAGCCACAGUGAUGGUCAUCUUUACACCAUUUUGUCUCAUCCUGGUGUCCUAUGGCUGCAUCAUCUCCAGCAUCCUGAAGAUUUCCUCUGCAGAGGGCAGACACAAGACCUUCUUGACCUUCUUCUCCUCACACCUUAGGGUUGUAACACUGUGUUAUGCAAGUGGGACCUUGAUUUACUUAUGGCUGAAAUCUAGUAAUUCACAGGACACUAAGAAAGACCUAGCUCUCAUAUACAUGACCAUAGUUCCCACAUUAAAUCCCUUGAUUUACAGUCUGAGAAAUAAAGAAGUGAAAGGAGUACUAAGCAGAAUGAUGGCUGAGUUGAUGAAGAAAUAA